UCAAAUGCAGUGUAUAGAGUAUUUCUUAAAAUAUUUGUUUUAAUAACUUUUGUUGACUUUUAUUUAGAAUGCCAUCAAUGAAAUUAUUAUUUCUAUUUGUUACAUUUGCUGCAGCAUCGCCUUCAGUAUUGAGAUAUUUCUGUAUAGAUCUAUCAGCUCCAUUUUACACACUGAUUGACGUUGAUGGAGCUUGGAAGGUCUGUGCAAAAAAAAAAGUAAACCAGACAAAAUACAGUGAAAUUCUAAGAGAAGCCCGCAAAUGUUAUGAAGAAAUUUCUCAGGGCAAUCAGUCAAUUUGUCACAGUUACGAGGUGAACGUGCAAAGAUGUUCCCAACCCCUAGUGGAUUACUUCGUGGACUGUCUCCCAGAGAAAUCGAAGGACCUUCCACCAGUCAUCCUGAAGGGGACUGUAUCUGUGAUCGAAACAUUUUGUUCUAGCAAUGGCGAGCUUUUAUUAGAGGCGUUUAAUCCGUGCAUUUAUGAGCACCUUGAACAACGAAAUAAAACUAAUAAGGAAGAAUGUAAGUCAGAUGUCCUACUUGCUAAGCUAGAAAAGUUUAAUAUUGAUGUACCCUCGAAAUCGGAGUUGUGCCAGGUUGCUCUUGAGAUUCAAAACUGUUGGCAAGAGUACGUCGGGCAGAAUUGUAAUAGUCCAAAGGCUAGGGAGCUCUUUUCAAAGAUCUACGGCGCUGCUUUUUCUGCCUGUAAAAAAUAAUGUAAUUUGAUGAUCUUUCAAUGUACCGAAAUAUAUAUUUAUGAAGCAAC